AAGAUGGCCGCCCAGUCUUUUCUCACCGAGUCAGCUCUCGGUUGGUCUAUUUUCACAUUCAUACUUUUGGUCAUUCUUGCUUUCUGUUGGGUCUACAUCAGAAAAUUUCAAAGUCGCCAGGAGAGUGAAGUUGUUUCCACCAUCACAGCAAUAUGCGCUCUAGCUAUCGCAUUGAUAACUUCAGCCCUUCUUCCUGUGGAUAUCUUCCUUGUCUCCUUCAUGAAGUACCCAAAUGGCACCUAUAAGGAAUGGGCUGUAAACAAUGAAACAAGAGCCCAGAUUGAAGAUACCGUCCUGUAUGGAUAUUACGCCCUUUACUCCAUCAUCCUCUUCUGUGUUUUUCUAUGGAUCCCCUUUGUUUAUUUCUACUAUGAAGAAAGAGACGAUGACAAUGUCAAACCAUGCUCGCAAGUCACAAACGCUCUUAAGUAUACAAUUGGAUUUGUCAUUGUCUGCUUGGUGCUGCUAUUAAUUGGAGCAUUUGUUCCACUUGAGCCUCCACCACAUCAGAAUGCCACACAGUGGGAGAAAGUUCAAUACCUUUUUGAGGAGCUUGGCAGUGGGCAUGGCCUACCUGCUCUGGCUUUCUCCAUCAGCUCAUUGACCCUGAUUGGGAUGCUGGCAGUUAUCACUUACACAGCAUACGGUAUGUCCGUGCUACCUUUGAAUCUGAUAAAAGGCACACGGAGUGUGGCAUAUGAACGGCUGGAAAACACAGAGGACAUUGAUGAUGUCGAGCAUCAGAUCGAGAAACUGAAAUCCAAGUGUCAAGAUGGACGGCCCUUGUCAUCACGAGACAGAAAAAACCUGCAGGAGCUCGAAGGAAAGCUGCAAGUCCUUCAACGAAGAGGGAGACACCUGGAAAUUGCCGAGAGGAACUGCUGCAACAAAAUGGGUAGUGCUCUCAGACCUUUCAAGAUUAUACUGGGCAUUUUCUUCAUCCUGGUUGCUCUGCUGUUCUCUGUUGCGCUGUUCAUUUCAAAUUUGGAUAAAGCGCUCCAUUCUGCUGGCAUCAGUUCUGGCUUCAUGAUUUUUGGCACCAAUUUAACCAAUCCUUUGAAUGAACUUUUACUAGCUCUACAGCCUGUUUUUCCAUUGGAUUACAUCCUGAUUACAGUUAUCACAAUGUAUUUUGUUCUCACAUCCAUGGCGGGUAUUCGCAACAUGGGCAUCUGGUUCUUCUGGAUAAGGCUCUACAAAAUUCGACCUAAAAGAACCCGUCCCCAGGCUCUCCUUUUCCUUUGCAUGAUUUUGCUCUUGAUUGUGCUCCAUACUAGCUACAUGAUCUACAGUCUUGCCCCUCAGUAUGUCAUGUACGGGAGCCAGAAAUAUCUCAUACAGGGUCCCUCGUCGGGCCUUACGUCGGGGAACAGUUCAUUUGGCAUCACCAGGUUCUGCGACGCCAAUGCGCCCGAGGACCAAUGUAUUGUGACCAGGUCAUAUCUUUUCCUCCACAAGUUUUGGUUCUUCAGUACCAUCUACUACUUUGGAAACUGGGCCUUUAUUGGGACUUUCCUCAUCGGGCUGGUGGUGUCUUGCUGCCGAGGGAAGAAGUCUGUGAUUGAAGGCGAGGUGGAGGCCGACGACUCAGAUGUCAGCGAUGAUGAAUAUGUGCACUGA